AUGUACGCUGGAACAUUGUUGACUGAUUCGUCGGUGUUUGGAAGGAAGAUGUCGGAAGGCACUCCCAAUUCACGACCUAUGAGCAUCUUGAACGGAGGAACACCCAUUGGUGUACAGACCGUGGGUCUGUAUGCGAGAACACGCCCUAGACUUAAAUCCCAGUCACCUAGUUAUGCGUCUUUAGUGAAGGCCUUCAGUAGUCCGAUUAGAUUGCGAUUUGUUCUUUCCGCCAGGUUAAAAACAACGAAGGAGUUCUAUCGUUCCUUCGCACCCUGGUACGAAGAGCUGCAGCAAUAUGAUUUUACAGUCCAAUACCGAAAAGGAAAAGGGCAUGGUAAUACGGAUGCACUGUCCCACAGACAGACUCCAGCAGAAACAGGUAACGUUAUAGUAUGCACCAUAUUUCCGAGUGACCUCCCUUCUUUUGGAAAUGACGUGAACUUCGAAGACUGUCUCAAAACUGCUAAAUUCAACCUCUUCCUUUAUUCUCGGUCCCAAAGAAUACCCCUAAUUCGUAGCAUUCUCCCCAAUGAUCUAUUUUUGGCCACAGUCGACGCCGGCAUCACCCACGAUAAUGACAUUGAUCAAUGUUGCGAUACGUUGGCUCAACUCGUCAUCGAUGGGGAAGAACAAACCCUUGCUAGAGACUUCUUCCUCCGUUUCCAAAAAGCUGGCAAGAACGACGAAGAGUACUCUACGAACCUUCGACACCUGGCGGAACGUGCUAAACAAGGUCGCUAA